AUGGAGAAAGUACCAGACCGAAAGGAGCGAGCGAAAAUCUCAAAACGGAAGAACCAGAGCAAGAAUGCGUAUUACAAGAAGCGUAGUCGACGCCCACAGUACCAGGCCCAAGCUGCUCCGUACCGAAUUGGCAAGCAGAUCUACCACGCGGCAAAUAUCGUUCCACGUCUAAUGGGCUCCUGUAGCGAAAAUGCAGAAUUCAUUCCUGAAAGUCGUGGAGAUGAUGAUGGUAGUAGUCCGCCUAUGCUCUACACGGGUGAAGAUUGGCAUUCUGGCAACGGCGACGUCCCCUACGAUGUGGUGCAGUCGCCAGCUAAUAUUGAACGUCUCCAUCAGUACUUCAACCCUAACGAUAUCAAAUUUGAUUUUACACCUGCAUUUGUUGCAGCGCAAGAGAUCGAAAGGGGUACAAUUCUCGGCGAAUACUAUGGUGUGCUCAGCUUUGCUCCAUCCCAUGUCGAGCGGAACGAAGGCUUUCGUAUGGACUUCAAAAUAAGUGCAUCCGGGAAACCGGUACAAGUGAAUGCUCAGGACAAAAGGGGAUCCGACCAGCCGUUGUGGAUGUUCGAAGGCCAACAAGAAGUCGCUGCAUUAGUUCGAGUAUCAUACGACGUACGGUCUUCAGAUCCAGCUUUUGGUGGUCUUGUACGAGUGGCGAUGGCUGUUGCGGAACGCUUUCGAGUGGCAGUAUCACGGGACGGCAUUCGUCUAGCGAUGUCUCUAUUGGCGGAAUGUGAUGGAGAUCUUCAUCGAGCACAAAAGCUGACGAGAGGAUGGAAUGUUGAGCGUAAGUCUCAGGAGCUUACAACAACUUUCCAGCGGUGGUUUCCACUUUACAAGCCAAACAUACAACGAAACGAUCGUGAAGAGGAACAGGCACGUGUUGUGUUCUUCGAUACAGCAAUGACCACUUGGCUGCAAAUUGCGCAGGAUUUACGUCUCUUUGGUGGAAAAGAUGGCAGUUCAGAUGACCUCCCUGAUGCAGCAGCACUAAAGCGCUACGACUCGCAAACAUGGCAAAGGCGAAUCUGUCCACCACCUGCGUCUAUAGGCGAUCUUUGUGUGCACAUUAAUUCUCUUGAAGGAUAUCUAAGAUUACCACACCUCGGUGUGUAG